CCAAAAAUGUUUACGGAGAUUCAAGCAUAGAGUCACACUUUGACAUUCAAGCAUGGACGGUUGAAGGUUAACUACACAGUAAGAGAAAUCUACUCAUUGAUAUUUUAAGUUGUAUUGUGUCAUUGACCAAUGAAGAAAUCUCCAAACAAGAUGAUGAGAAGCUAGCAGAGCAACUCCACAAACUUCUGAUGGGCCAAAGGUAUUUGAUUGUCAUUGAUGACCUUUGGACGGAAGAGGCAUGGGAUGAAUUGAGUAGAUAUUUUCCAGAUGAUAGAAAUGGAAGCCGAGUUCUGAUAACUACUCGAUAUAUGCAACUGGCUAACUAUGCUAGCAGGUCAGGUAUGUACAUUUUCAGAACACGUUUUCUGAAUCUAGUUGAAAGCUGGAAUUUAUUAAGCAAAACUGUGUGUAAUGGAAAAUGUAGUCUACCCCCUGAAUUGGAGUUAAUAGGGAGACACAUUGUUGAGAAAUGUAUGGGAGUGCCACUAGUAAUUGUUUUAAUUGGUGAACUUCUGGCCACACUCAACAACUCACAAAGGCAGUGGGAGGAUAUUCUGUUGACCAUUUCAUCAUUCAAGGAUCCUUUAGAGCUCUUGUCUUGUGUAAUAGAAGUUUGCUUCAACUCUUUGCCUACUCACCUAAAACCUUGUUUUCUUUAUUUCGGAGUUUUUCCUGAUAAUACCGAAAUUCAUGUGAAAAAGUUGAUAAAGUUAUGGGUAGCUGAAGGAUUUGUAAACCCGGAGAUGAACAAGAGUUUAGAAGAGAUAGCUAAUGAUUAUUUGUGUGAUCUUAUCAAUAGAAGGCUUGUUCAAAUUCACAAGAGGAGUUUGGAUAGAAAAAUCAAAUCAUGUAUGCUUCACGAUAUAUUAUUUGUAUUUUGCUUGAGAAAAGUAAUUAAGGAGGGUAUUAUGAUGGUUAGUACGAUGGAAGAUAACAAGUUUCUUAAAGGGCAUCAUCGUUGGGUAAGUUGUCAAUAUGGUUGUUCGUCAGUUACUACAAGUUAUUUUACUCACUCAUCACAUAAAACCCGUUCCAUUUUCUACUUUGAGAAAGAUCUAUAUCUUGCAAAGUGUUGGUCGAUAUUCUUAUCUUUGAAGUUGUUAAGAGUAUUGGACUUAUCACUAAUAAAAUAUUGGCUUGGCAUGCCUAGCGAGAUUGUGAAUUUGGUUCAUUUAAGAUAUUUAGCUUUAACAACUAUAGGUUCUGUUUGUAACUCUCAAUUGUUUAAGCUCCAACGUUUGCAAACUCUGAUUUUCUCGGCGUGGACAAAAGAGUAUCAAUUGCAACUGCCAUGUGAUGUUUUGGAUUUGCCAUCGUUAAGGCAUGUGCGCUUUGACAAGGGAUCUUCAUAUUAUCUCCCAAACUUUGUUCAAGAAAACUUACAAACUCUUUCAUGGUUCAAAGUUACCGGCCAGGACUCAAGAACAAUAGACUUUACAAAAGUUCCAAACCUGAAGGAAUUGGGGAUCUACAUUGAAGGUGAAGUUUUGCCUAAUGCUCUUGACAGCCUUGCUCAGUUACAUCAACUUGAGAAGUUAAAGGUUAAAACGGGAAGGGUGGAGUGGAUUAAUCUCCCAAAUUGUUUUCCAUCAAAACUCAAGCAAUUGACCCUUAGUAACACGUAUCUUUCAUGGGAAGAUAUGGACAUUAUUGGCAAGUUACCCAACCUUGAAUUACUCAAAUUGAAGGAUUUUGCCUUUUGUGGCCCAAAGUGGAAACCAAGAGAUGGGGGGUUUCUACAACUAAGGUUCUUCCUUAUUGAGCGCUCUGAUCUUGAACAUUGGAACGCAAAUGCAAUCCAUUUCCCAGUUUUGGAACGUCUAGUUCUAAGAUAUUGUUGGGACUUGAAAAAAGUUCCAAAUGAUUUUGAGGAGGUUUGUACAUUGCGAUUAAUUGAGUUAGACAAUUGUUGUUCUUCACUUGUGACUUCAGCAAAGGCGAUCCAACAAGCGCAACGAGACUUGGGAUAUGAAGGACUUGUUCGUGAUGUAACUAAGAUUGAGCUGCCAACCAAUGAAAGCUCGGAAAAAAGGAGUGAGUAUGCAAUUUGAUAAUUUUGUGUUUGAGGAAAUCUGAUUUAACCAAGGGAAUCAUAUACAAGUUACAAUGAUGCAUUGGCUUCAUUCUCAGAAAUGCAUCCUGGCUGCCUGAAGUUGUGGUGUUCUCAUUUGCAGCUUGUUUGUUAUUACAAUGAUAUUGAUGUUGGAGUUUAUCUUCAAUAAUGUGGUUGGUUAUUGUAUUUGAUAUGUUGGAAUAUUUCAUAAGUGAUAGUCUAUUACUGGAUUGUGAGAUUCAUUGAAGUGUUAGUGUUAAAUAUGAUUUGGUAUUUGGUUGA